AUGAAAGCAGCCUAUCUGGGCCCUAAGGCAUCCUUCUCUCAUCAAGCAGCUCUUGAGAUCUUUCGAGACACUACCAUUCAAGUGGAGGCGUUACCGACGUUCGCGGACAUAUUUGAGGGUGUCCAGUCCUCGCAACACCAAUAUGGGGUGGUACCGUUCGAGAACUCAAGCAAUGGAUCUGUUGUGCAGUUGUUGGAUUUACUUGCAGACCGUCAGAUGAAGUACAAUGAUGUCAAAGUAUGCGCUGAGCACUAUUUGCCAGUGCAUCACCAAUUGCUUGUUAGGCUCUCUGGUCAAGAUGCUUGGAGACCAUCAGGGCUUGAAGAAGCCUUGACGCACGUCAAGAAGUUCUACACUCAUCCACAAGCUUGGGGUCAAUGCUCUGCCUUUCUGUCUCGAAAUGAUUGCAAACACAUCGUGAGACAGGACUCUUCAAGCACGUCAGAAGCUGCUCGUGUUGUGUCAGAAAACGAAGCGGGUACCUGUGCCGCAAUUGCUAGUAACCUAGCUGCCGAAGAGUAUGGGCUAGUGAGGCUGGCAGACAGCAUCGAAGAUAAGGGAGACAACACUACGAGAUUCUUCAUCGUGGCAAAGGCGGACAUCAGUGUUCCGAAAUCUGCACUACAGAAUGGCAUUGGGAGUUCCAGAAUCUACAAGAGCCUGGUUUCGUUUACGAUUGAUCACGAUUCGCCAGGUACUCUCGCUGAUGCUCUGUCGAUUUUCAAAAUGCAUCAUUUCAACCUUACGAGUAUCAACACAAGACCUAGUCGACUUCGACCGUGGCAUUAUAUCUUCUUUGCAGAGUGUGAGCAAAAGCACCACCAACAUCAGGCGGAUGCCAUCACGAAUUUGAUAUCAGAUCUUGAAAAUGUCGCCAUGAGCUGUCGUAACUUGGGGUCGUGGGAAGACCAAUUGAUGCCAGUUUGA